CCCUCACCUGCCCACCAGCCAUCAGUGUAGUUCCCCUCUCCAUCCAUCACCUGACCUGCUCACCUGUUCCCCCAGCUGUUCCUCAUUCCCCAGUCAUCCCUUCAGGCAGUGCACAGAAUAACCAGCCAGCCAAACCUGCCUCUGAUAGUCGUUACAGGAAAGUUAGAGCUGCAGCAGGAAACACGGAUCCCUCGCUCUGUCUCUGCACACACCCCGUCUCCACCCGUCGGGCUGUCAAUGUGCAUUACCUCCACCCCAGCAGAUACCCCUGCACUUCCUCUGCUCUCCCUCCUGCAUCAAGUGACAACCCUCCCUCUCCUCCAUCAUGUCCAGUUUCCACCUGCUGCCGGCUGCAUGUUGACGACUCCCAGCAGGUAAACAGACGGAAACACAGGAGCAGCUGCUGAGCUGUUGGAGUCAUGAAGGAGUUGGUGUUCCUCCUGCUGGUGGUGACGGAGGCGUCCCACAGGGGGUGUGAGAAGGGCUGCUACUGUCGAGGAGACCUGAGGUUCACCAUCUGCUCUCGGGCUCUGUUCACUCAGCUGCCCCGCAGAGUCCCCCGCAGCACUGAGCUCCUCGACCUGUCCGACAACCACAUCUCCAUCAUCCCCCAACGCUCCUUCAUAGAGAACCGCAAACUCAGAGUCCUCCUGCUGCAGAACAACAGCAUCAGCGUGGUGGAGGACGGCGGCUUCUCUGAGCUGGAGUUCCUGCAGAAACUGGACCUAAGCUGGAACCAGAUCUCCUCCCUGACUGAGGGUUUCUCCAUCGGUCUGGCUUCGCUGCGGGAGCUGCAGCUCGCCCACAACCGCCUGACAACCCUGGACAGCACGAGCUUCGUGCACCUGGACAGCCUCCAGAGGUUAAGCCUGACCAGCAACGCCAUCCACACCAUCCAUGUGAGGUCGUUCUCGUCCAUGAGCACCCUGCGGCAGCUCCACCUGGAGGACAACCGACUGACGUCUCUGCAGAGCGGCAUCUUCUCCAUGCUGCGCUCCCUGGAGGUCCUCAACCUGGCCGAAAACUGGAUCAACGAGAUGGAGAUGUCCGUCUUCAAGCCGCUCAUCAGCAUGACUUUGCUCAACCUCUCUGACAACCAGCUGUCCACCAUCUACUUCAAGACGUUCCAGAGCAUCCACACCUACAGCACCCACAUCCUGCUGAAGGGGAACCCCUGGAACUGCGACUGCGACCUGCAGAGACUUUUCCGGAAGCUGCAGAGCAUCCACAGGCUCUUCCUGGACGACUACUACAACCUCACCUGCAAGGCUCCGCCCGUCCUCCAGGACUACCGGCUGAUGGACGUGGACACGGAGCUGUGCAUCGCAGAGACGGUCACCGUGCUCAUCAUCACCGUCACCGUGGUAAUCACCGUGCUGGCCGCUAUGCUGAUGGGCGAGAGGAAGAGGAAGAAGAGGAAGAGGGGAAGCACUGGACACAGCAGGACGAGCUGUCGGAUGAGUCGGACUACUGAAACACGUCCUCCCCCUCUGCUCCUGUCCGAGAUGAACCACAGUUCACAGUCCGUCCUUUUUACUCUCUUUACUUUCAGGAACUGAGCGUUGUUGCUUAAAUCCCACAGGAACACUCUGCGCGCCUGGGAACAGAUUUCAAACACUCAGCAUCUGCUUCUUAAAAACUCUUUCAUUUUCUUAAAAACUGCUUUAUAUUUCUGAAGUUGCUCUCCCUUCGUUUGCCUGGUACAUGAAUGAAAAAUGUUUGUUUUCUCAGCUCAAACGUUUGAAUGGUAAAUAUAAUUGUAUAUGUGAAGGGAUGUGAUGAAGUUAAUGCUCCAGAUGUGACUCUGCUUUGACAAAACAUUAAAUCGGAUGCUGUGA